AUGAUGGCAAUUCUAUAGAGUAAAAGAGAUUACUUCUAUUAGAUAAAGCAGUUGAUUAUAAACAUGUUAGAGAAUAUAACACAAUCAUUCGAAGCUCUUUGUAGAGUAGCUGAAGAAUAAUAGUCACUAAAACCAAUAGAAAAUGCAAUCCGAUUUAUGGAUCAAUAUUAUGAUUGCAUCUAAUUUGUAAAAUAGGAUUACAUAACAAAAGAGAUUCAUUUCAGAGAGAAAUUAUAAUCUAAAUUUAGUAAGCAUUCCUCUGAUAUUAAUCAUAUUUCAGUCUAUCAAGAUGAAGUCUUAUCUUGUGGAUAAGAUGUUUACUUGUAUAAAUAGAAUAAAUAGUAUCUAAUUAAAUAGAAUAAUCUUCCUAUUUACAGUGGGAUCAUUUUAACAGAUGGCAAAGUAUUAUUAGGAGGAGAAGAAAAAGUUGUGCAUGUUUAUAAAUUAAUUAAUAAUCAAUAUAUUGAAGAUACUUAAUUAAGAGGAUUUUCUAGAGCUAUCACUUCUAUUGUUAAAUCUUAAAAUGAAGAUUAUAUAGGAGUCAGUUGUUUAGAUGGUAAAAUAGCAUUAUAUUAAACUCAAAAUCUAAUUAAACUUGGAGUAUGGAUCAAUGAUUUAGGAUCAGCUUAUAGUUUAUCUUUUAGUAUAGAUAACCAGUUCAUUGCAUCAGGAAAUAAAAAUGGUAUUGCUAUUUGGGAAAUUAAAAAAAAUAAUCAAAUUAACUCAGCUGAAUUAAUUCAAUCAUUUAUAACCACUAAAAAAAUAAGAUCUAUUGCAUUUUCUAGAAAACAAAAAUUCUUAGCUGCCUCUCAUAAGAAUGAAAUUCUCUUGUAUCAUUAUUAUAUCGAUGAUUUCAAAAUCUAUUAAAAAUUACAUCAUCAUAAUGAAAUUGUUAAUUGUGUCUCUUUUGGAACAGAUAUUCUAAUAUCAGGAAGUGAUGAUGCAACUUUAUGUUUAUGGUCAAGUAGCAUCAAAGGUUAUUGGAUAUGCUAUUAGAUCAUACAAAUGAAUUGUUGUAUAAACUCUAUUGCCCUCAACACUAAAUAAACAGAUCUGUAUUUUGAUUGUUUUGAUACCGUUAUACAUUAUUAAUCGAUUUGA